AUGCCAGGAAACAACUUCUUAUCCAAUCCUCCAAAUUUUACUGGUGAAAAUUAUCAAAUCUGGGCUGUCAAAAUGAAGCCCUAUUUGGAUGCUAAUGAUCUUUGGAAUGUGGUAGAGAUAGUUUCUGUUCCUGAAUUGUCAGAAGAUCCAACUAUUGCAGAGAUGAGAGCCCAUAGAGAUGUAAUCAAAAGGAGAUCAAAAGCCAUGACUUGCAUUCAUUCAGCAGUUUCUGAUGCAGUAUUCACAAAAAUUAUGACUUGUGAAACUGUAAAAGAAGCUUGGGAUGCUCUUAAAGUGGCUUUUCAAGGCAAUGACAGAACAAGACAGAUGCAAGUUUUGAACCUUAGGAGAGAAUUUGAACUCCUUAGAAUGAAAGACAAAGAAAACAUUAAAGAGUAUUCUGACAGACUCUUAAAUGUUGUGAACAAAAUCAGAUUGAUUGAAGAACAACUUCCAGAUAGCAGAGUUGUGGAGAAAGUCUUGGUGAGUUUACCAGAAAGGUUUGAAGCCAAGAUUUCCUCUCUUGAAGAUUCAAGAGAUCUCUCUCGGAUGACCUUGCCAGAAUUGAUCAAUGCUCUAAAGGCACAAGAACAAAGAUGA